AGAAAUAUGAAAGGGAUCGGUUGUCCUGGACACGUCAUAACAUUUUGGCUACACACAUCAGUUGGCUGGACAAGUCAUCCGGAGAAAGUUUCUCUCUCUCUCUCUCUCUGUCUAUGUUGUAUUACCGAUUAUAAUUUUUUUUUUUUUUUAAUUGAGAGAGACCUUUCGUUCGUCCGUGUGUCUUUGUGUGCAGUUCUAACGAGUUGAAAAAUCACGUGAUGUUGCCGGGAAUUGGGCAAACGACGAUCAAGUCCAACUAUCGGAAAUGUCAAACGCUCCACUUCCACGACGGAGUUCCUCUACCCAAAGGGAACUGUUAUUCGUCAACUUCCGGGAACUCAAUAUCGUCUCAAGCGGACUACGACUUGCAUCGAUUCCGUCCGCCUCAGCUAGUCGCUUCCAGAUCGGCCGUUCAUUUCGAACGAGAUUCCAAACAUAUGGAUCGUGAACUUGCCGGUUUGUCACCGCCCAUCUAUCCGCCCUACAAAGCGCAUUCGGGCCGACCUUUCGUUCCGAAAAGUGUCCUCUACGACCGACUGACUUUGCGCUUCGAAGGAUUCUACGUUGAGGAUUCCGUAGCCUGGGGCUAUUCCCGCAGGACCGUCCACCCGGUCAAGUUGUCCUACUAUCUCGAAGACGACACCAUCUCCGUUCACGAACCCGUCACUCCGAAUUCCGGCCGUCCGCAAGGGAAACUUGUCUGCCGUCACAAAGUUCUCAAGUCUGGUCACGAAAAGGACGACGAUGAAAACCCACAAAAAUUCUGGCACUGGAAGGACUUGAAUGUGGCAUCCGACGUCGAUAUUUUUGGACGUCGAUUCCGUCUGACUAACUGCAACCAAUGGACAAGAGAAUUCCUUAUGAGCGCUGGGAUAGAAGUAAACGCUCCGGAAGAUGUACCGGAAUCAAAUCCGCCUUUGAAAAAGAACGACGCAGCUUCGAGAUCUCGUUCUGCACCACAACCUCGUAGCCAUCCGUUGAAAAAGUUUCUCGAACACGACGGCCAAAUUCUCAGAUUUGGUUGCGUGUGGGACCGGCGCGAAGAAGAGGGCGUAUCGGUGGAUGAACGGAUGAAACCGUACGUUUUGCGGUACUUCCUGGUCGACGACACGAUCCAGAUUACUGAUGCGGAAUUCGAGAGCAAUCAGAAACGAGGAUUGUACAGUACGAACCGAGCCCAGGAAGCGGUUCUCUUGCGACGUCAGAGAUUACCCAAAGAACCACGGCCGGUCAUGACUUCACCGGCGGAUGCGGCCGAUUUAACCUUUUACGACCCGAAGGAUUUGAUUUUGGGCAAUGCCAUUUCCGUUCACGGAAGACGGUUCGUAUUCGUGGAGACGGGAGACGAAUUCACGCGGUCUUUCUAUCGUAACAAUUUCGACAUUGUGGAUUUCACUCCUGUGGAACUGGACUAAGAAAAAAGACUAAAUUUCUAAUUAUUUUGUGUAACAUCUUCCAUUUCUUUGUGUGCAUCGAAGUUUUUCUCUUUUUUUUUUGGAGCGCGAGCAAAAAACACGAGGCAAUGUCGUGUUCAACUUGCAUAAUGGUUCCGCAAACGCGCUCUAUGGGGAAGAAAAGGAAUCAAUAUUUGACAUUUGAAUUAUUGACACACUCAUACAUAUUAAAUGGAAGCCAUCAACAACAGUGAAAGCCACAUCGAGAAAUGCUGAAGGAGAACGUUGAAAUUGAGAAAAGGGUGGAAAAUAAUCGAACAAUUGGCAGAGUGUAAUAAUAAUAAUACAGAUAGUUUUGGUUCAAACAUGUGGGAUAUUAUUCUUGAGAGUUGUGUAGACCGAUCGAUUGGUGAAAUACACUUUUGUUUUGUGGAUCCAAA